AUGCUGUCGAUUAGUGGCAAGGUUCGGAAUAGCAGCUUGGCUCGCGCUGUAGAAGCCUUUGAGCCGAGCUCUGUUGACCACCAGCUCCUGUCCGAGGUGGCACCAGAAGUGUUCUACUGUGACGGUGUCGAUAUAACCGUCCUAAGACGGUGUAGCGAGGCCCAGGCCGAAUGGCUGGACAUGCUGGAGCGGGGCGAUGAGUCAGCCCGUGCCGGUCUUUUUUCAGGAGUUGCCAGAGAUCUCCAGGAACUCUGCGACUUCAACCGCCUUUCUCGCUUCAGACACGUGCUCCAAGAGCACAUGAUGAACGAUGCGCACAGAUAUGCCUUUCAUCGUUUGCGAGUGCAUCUGCUUCACGAACGAUGCCCCUUUACUCAUCCCGGCGUUUGGCGGAGUGAAGUAUGUCAGUGGCUGCAGGAGGAUGAGACCUUCCUCCUCAUGGCCUUAGAGAUCAACAAUCCCGCCGCCGAAGUGCACACUCCUAUCUUGUUGUAUGGUGCCCGGGAGCAGAUCCAGGCAAAGCUGGACUUGGCCAAGAUGCUGGCAGGAAACCCCCGUGUAGAUCCGUUGGUGCUGGCCGAUGUUGCGCCACGAGUGCUGCAUGACCGUGAGUUCCUGCUCAUAGCUGCAAAGAGGAGUGGUGCCAUUUUGCAGAUGGCAGCGCCCGAGCUGCAGCAGGACUUGGAGUUGGUCAAGGCGUGCGUCAUGCAGUCCGGCAGUGCACUGCGGUUUGUUGCUCCUGAGCUGAAAGCAAACAAGGAUAUUGUGUUGCGGGCUGUUGGGAACAGUGGCCUCGCCCUCGAGCAUGCCGCAUGGGAGCUCAAAGAUGACGAAGAGGUUGUGCAGCUUGCGGUGCGAUGCACUGGCCUGGCUCUAGAGUUCGCUUCGACCAGGCUGAAAUCGCUUCGAGAGAUUGUCAUGGAGUCUGUGAGCCAAGAUGGUUGCGCAAUUAUGUUCGCGGCCGAAGCACUAAAGGACGACAUGGACGUAGUCAGCCGAGCUGUUCAGGUGUCAGGCCAGGCUCUCAAGCACGUCUCGGCGCGUCUGCGCAACUCAAGAGAGGUGGUCGUGCUAGCUGCCCGCCAGCAUGCCCAAUCCUUGCAGCACGCAUCGUCAGAGCUUCGUUCAGAUCUGGACACUGUAAUUGAUGCCGUGUCCGCGAGUUUCAAGGCUUUCGAGUUUGCCAGCCCGGAACUUCGAGCUGAGCCGAAGGUAAUACGGUGUGCAGCCAAGCAGCUACUCUCCAUGCAUGGCAUCAUCGUCCGCACUGACGCUGAGCUGCCAGAAGCCAUCGAAACCAAUGUCUUGCUCGUCUCAAAGGAGUCGGGUCAACACUUAUUGGCUGCUCUUCAGACGGGACUUCUCACAACGAGGACAUUUGGCUUGGCAGUUGUUCGCCACGAUCCUCAGCUGUAUCGGCGUCUGGAGGAGCAUGUCAAGGCAGACAAGGAGGUAUCGUUGGAGGCCGUAAAGCGGCUUCCAGACUUGUUUCCAGACAUGCCCUUCCAGACUCGAAAUCAGCUCGAUGUCCAGGUGGCAGCAGUGAAGCAGAAACCUGAGAUGAUCAGCUUUGUUUUGCCGACGGAUGUCACCCGCGUGCAGAGGGCCGUGGCGGCCGUGGCUCAGGCAAGGCAUCCAGGCUAUGCGUCAGUGCAAGUGCUGGGGCAGUGA